CUCAUGAACCGGACGUUUCCAUAGAGUUGGACGCUUCCCUUGCACACGUUCCUCUCUCAUUUCUCGUGUGGUUCAGAAUGGCUUCGCGAAAGGAUUCCGGUGCUACUCCGACUGCCACAAUGGUUUCAACGGGAAACACUUUGGACUCUCCCGUAAAGCAGAUACAGAUAGAAGGACUGGUGGUCUUGAAAAUAAUCAAGCACUACCAGGAGGAGGGUCAGGGCAGUGAGGUGGUACAGGGUGUGCUGCUUGGCCUUGUGGUGGAGGACAGGCUGGAGAUCACCAACUGCUUUCCCUUCCCCCAACACACAGAGGACGAUGCUGACUUCGACGAAGUCCAGUACCAGAUGGAGAUGAUGCGAAGCCUGCGUCACGUCAACAUCGACCAUCUGCAUGUGGGCUGGUACCAGUCCACUUAUUACGGCUCGUUUGUCAGCCGUGCCCUCCUCGACUCCCAGUUCAGUUACCAGCAUGCCAUCGAGGAGUCUGUUGUCCUCAUCUACGACCCUAUCAAAACGGCUCAGGGCUCUUUGUCCCUCAAGGCCUACAGGCUGACACCUAAACUGAUGGAGAUCUGCAAGGAGAAGGAUUUUACACCAGAGGGACUGAAGAAAGCCAACAUUGGGUUCGAGCACAUGUUUGAAGAAGUGCCCAUCGUCAUCAAGAACUCCCACCUCAUCAAUGUCCUGAUGUGGGAACUGGAGGAGAAGUCCACCGUGGCUGACAAACAUGAGCUGCUCAACCUCUCCAGCAGCAACCACUUGGAAAAGAGCCUGCAGCUUCUGAUGGACCGAGUGGAUGACAUGAGCCAGGACAUAGUCAAGUACAAUACCUACAGUCGCAACCUCAGUAAACAGCAGCAGCAGAAACACCAGUAUGUCCAGAGGCGCCAGCAGGAGAACACCCAGCGGCAGAGCAGAGGAGAACCCCCCUUGCCAGAGGAAGACAUCAGCAAGAUGUUCAAGCCUCCUCAGCCCCCUCCACGCAUGGACACCCUUCUCAUCGCAGGGCAAAUUAACAAUUACUGCCAGAAUGUGAAGGAAUUCACUUCUCAGAACCUUGGGAAGCUGUUCAUGGCUGAAGCUUUGCAAGGCCACAACAGCUAGAACAGAGAUGAAGAGAGAGGCUCCAGAGAUGCUCAUCCGCCCUCCCACAAGAAGCCCCACCAUUGGAUAAUUGCCGUUCUAGAUAUGUUAACAACAAACCAGUGACCAAACGGCAUAUUUAGAAAUUGUUUAUACCAAUUGAAGUAUUUGCCGCUGAUCCUCACAGAAAUAAUUUUAUGUAAUUCCAAUUAAAAAACAUUGCAUCUCCUUUUAUUUUGCCUGCAUUGCUUUUACCCUGGAUAGCAGGUGGUGAUUACCAAUUAAUAGCCAGUUACCCUGGACUUAAUAAAAAUUGUUGUCUAAUCAUAUAAAACUAUUGUAACAUCUUGAGUGAUAUCCCAACUUCCUCCACUAAAAUGAGCCUGUCAGCGUCGUGUUUAAUCCAGAAAUAAUUGUUUGCUACAUUUGACGUCCACUCAUUUAUAAUAUUCCCAAGGCGUUGUUUAACAAUAUCAGCGGGUAUGUUGUGUGAAAUGUACAACUUGUCAUUGUGGUUUGAGUAAUAGUAAUUACAAGUCAGCAAGUGAUAUAGCAUUAUUGGAAAGACAGGCACUUGCACACAAACAACUCACUAUUUUCUUUGCGACUUGACAAGCUUCCUG